AUGGGGACGAUUUAUGGAGUAGCGGCGUUGUGGAGUCCCCCGGGACAGGCAGAGCGCGCGGAGCCGGGCGGACGGCGCAUAUCGGGUCGCGGUGACGUCAGCCACUUCUUCAACACACAGAUGGUGCUCGACCUGAACGAAUAUUAUUGUUUAAUUAGCUCCGAGCUAGUUCUCAACACCGACACGACAGUGUCCGCCGGUCGGUCCGUCUGUCUUUCUGUCAGCUCUGUUUCUGGUCUAGUAUUGGGUAUUAACAGCAGAGAGAGAGAGAGAGCAGUAGUUGUGUGCGCAAGAGUUGAAGCUGCCAAUAGACCACCACAGACGGGGCCCUAA